ACCUUUGAAUCACGCUGUUUGACGUCGGACUUGGAAUCCCUCACUGUCAACAGGAAGCGGCGGAGGAGCUGCAUCCUUUCUGAACAUUCCCAUUACAAGCCCGAAGAGAGGAGCCUCUGCGGUGUCCCUGCCUGCUGAAGGUGGUGAUUAUGCGGCCGGGACGGCGUCUGUAGCCCGGCUUUAACACAUCUCAGGCCAGGCUUUGGGGUCGCAUUCCUUGGAGCCCUGUUUUCUGAGCCGCGAUGGAGAGAGGAGCCCCCCCCGACGUCCUCCUGCAGCGCCCCUGGCUUCCUGUGAGCAUCAGCGGCGUCCAGCUCCUCGCCAAGAGCUGGUUUGGGGAAACGGAGUACCACGUCCUGCUGACGGACAUGCAGUGUGUGUGGGGGGAGAGGAUGGACUCUGCAGACAUUGAGAAACGAGCUCAGGAGCUGAACAGACGUCUGCGUGCCCCGGUCAAAGCUUUCUUCUCCCACCUAUCUGAAGUGGUUCGGCCCGCCCUGACAGGAAGUGGCGGGGGGGAGGACGGCGAGGCUACCAUCUCUGUGACGCAUCAGGAUGACGGAAACAUCGGCAUGAAGCUGAAGAGUGAACUCGCAGGGCUGCCCUUCUACUGGGAGUUUCACUGCACCCCCGCCCCCGUCACUGUGGUGUGCUCUCAGCUGGUGCGCCCCCUGCUGGCGAUGAGCUUCCUGCUGCAGCGGCAGGUGGAGCAGCUUGGAGGUCUUCUGGGGAGGAAAGACGCUGAGAUCCACGACUACAGAGAGAACGGAGCCACACUGAGCAGAGAGCGGCUGCAUACGGAAGUCUUUGAAGAGCGAACCUACAGAGAGGACUACAUGUCAAAGGUGUGGAAUUUCUCAUCUCUGACUCCGUUGACCCCUGACUCCUCAGUGGAAAUUUCCUCAGGAAAACACCUCAAAGCUGUUCCUCUGCUAUGCUCUGAUCAGUCUGAUGCCCUGCGCUUUGACGGCGACCUCCAGCAGCUGUACGGUGCCGUCGUGAGCUGUACAAACUCCCGGAAACGCAAGCUGUCUGAGGAGCCAUCUGUGGAGGAGACACUGGUCGACAAGCCAAACAACAUAUCCUCUUUAGGAGGAUCUGUGGUGGACAGUGGAGCAGCCCAGGACGUGCAACUGGAAGCAGCUGGAGCCAGACGGCCCAACAGACCCACAGAGAAACAGUCUCUUCCAUCCGCCCCUGCAGAGCGACCAUCUUUGAAACCAAAGAAGAAGAAAGUGGGACUGUUCAGAUGAGCCAUAGGGACACAUCGAGAACAUUUUUAAGGAAAAGGUGUUUUUAUCCAUUUCAUGAAAAGUAGGAACGUUUUUUUUUUAAUCUGAAUUUUUUGAGCUUUUAUUUUGAAGGAAUAUUUCAGUAUUUGCUGGUUUUAAUUGUUUUUUUGUAAUAAAUGAUGUUUUAAAUCUGGAUUUUGGGUUUUAAAGUUGUCAACCUGUUAAAUAAAUAUGAAUUUGAUUGCA